AUGCCAGUGAAGUAUGACUCCAGUGGGCCAGAGCGACUUCCCAAGCAUGAACCCAUCGCUAUCAUUGGGAUGGCUGUCGACAUGCCUGGCUCUCCUGAUGUCUCGAAACUUUGGGAGACACUGGAAAGAGGUAUCAAUACCAUCUCUGAGAUCCCUAUGGCACGCUUCGAAAUAUCGCCUUACGAUGGGAGGAACCCCCGCCGUCAGAUGAAGACGCACACCGGAAACUUCCUCGACGACGCUGAUGAAUUCGAUAAUAAAUUCUUCAGGAUAAGUCCCCGAGAAGCUCUGGAUAUGGAUCCUCACCUCCGAAUUCUCUUACGUGUCUCGCACAAUGCUCUUGAAGACGCAGGAUACGUGCCUGACGCCACCCCGUGUUUCUCUUGGGAGACUUUCGGAUGUUACAUUGGUGGCGCAGCGACCGAUUAUCGUCUCAACUUGCAGAAUGAUAUCGAUCUUUACUACCUUACAGGAAACCUGGCUGCGUUCUUUUGUGGGCGUGUAUCCUACGCAUUUAAGCUCGGAGGACCUUCUAUGAUGGUAGACACCGCUUGUUCGGCUUCAGCUGUCGCAUUAUAUCAAGCUUGCCGUGCCUUAUCUAUUGGAGAUUGCAGGGCAGCUCUUACUGGCGGUGUAAAUGUCUUCUCGAGCCCCGAUCUCUUCCUCGGACUUGACAGAGCCCAUUUCCUGAGCCCGUCAGGCCAAUGUCAGGCCUUCGACGCAUCUGCAGAUGGUUAUUCGCGUGGCGAAGGCUGUGGGAUGUUCGUUCUGAAGCGGUUGUCGGAUGCUAUCGACGAGAACGAUCGCAUUCUAGGCGUCAUUCGAGCUAUCGAGGUCAACCAGAGUUGCUACGCGCCUUCAAUCACCCAUCCGCAUUCACCUUCCCUAUCUGCUCUCUUCCGUACAGUCCUAAAAAACGCCGGGAUACAGGAUCUUUCUCGAGUCAACCUCGUAGAAGCUCAUGGCACAGGAACGCAAGCUGGUGAUCCGAUUGAGAUGGAGAGCAUUCGAGAAGUGUUAUGUGGCGGUCGAAAUGCCGCGAACCCUCUACACGUUACCUCGAUAAAAGGCAAUAUCGGCCAUUUGGAACUGGCUUCUGGGUCUGCAAGCUUAGCGAAAUUGUUGUUGAUGCUACGCCAUGGAGUCAUUCCAGCUCAAAUUUCGUUGAAGGCGCUGAACCCAAACAUAGUACCCCUUGAUUCGGAUCACACCGUCAUCCACACCCAAAAUUCUCCUUGGAACCCAUCCCAUCCUGGAAUGACACGCAUGGCCCUUUUCAACAAUUUCGGUGCUGGGGGUUCUAAUGUCGCAACGUUAAUUGAGGAAUACGUCCCUCUGACUACGCAAACAUCGACUUCUAAUUUACCUUUCGUCUUUGGAUUUUCGGCUAAAGAUGAAAGGGCUGCUGUAGCUUUACGUGACCGUUACGUAGAUUUCCUUCGUACAUCGGAGGAAGAUUUCGUUCACAUUGCAUACACCAUGACAGCACGACGACAACUCUACGAGUAUCGUGGCGUCGUGGUUGCUUCUACCAAAGACGAAGCUAUCGAGAAGCUUCAGACUGUUAAUAUCCGACAGGUAGAAGCUCAAGGUAAUCACAAAUCCUCACCACCUGGUGUGGUUUUCGUGUUUUCAGGACAGGGAGGACAGUUCCUUGGAAUGGGUCGGGAUUUGUACAAAUCUUCAGGGGUGUUCCGGACGGCCGUUGAUAAAUGCCAGGAAAUUCUGGUUUCGCUCGGGUUUUCCGGGAUUAUGGAGAUUAUUACAGAGAGUGGUAACCAACUGGGAGCCGCCUCCCUUCAGAGCGCGGUGUUCGCGGUCGAAUAUGCUUUGGCUCAGUUAUGGAUGUCGUGGGGCGUUCUUCCGAGCGCAUUGAUCGGGCAUAGCCUUGGGGAAUAUGCAGCUUUGGUUAUCGCCAAAGUCUUGACCCUUCGUGAAGCGCUAUUCAUUGUUUCUCACCGUGCUCGGUUGAUGUUUCAACGAUGUCCUAAGAACACUAGUGCAAUGUUAGCCCUCAACUACCCUGGAUUGUUGACACGGAAGGUCCUGCUGGCUCACGCGUUCUCCGAUCUUACCGUUUCAUGUUUCAACAGUCCCAACGACUGUAUCGUCUCAGGUUCUGUGAAGCGGCUAGAGGCCUUCCGGGAGGUAUUCAAGAGUUCUGUCGGUGGUAAAUCCACUCUGCUUGACGUACCGUUUGGAUACCACAGUCAGCAUAUGGAACCCCUUCUCGACGACCUUCAUGAAAUCGCUUCGAAGGUUCGUAUGAGCCCUCCAGUCAUUCCUAUCGCUUCGAAUGUCCUUGGUGCUGUGGUUCAGCCUGGUGAUGCAUCUGUCUUCAAUGCGGACUACAUUGUGCGACAUUGCGCCGAGCCUGUCCAAUUUGAGAAGGGGGCGUAUCUCUUGGCUCAGGAAGUCCUUGGUCGUUCGCAGAGAAACGUCUGGAUUGAAAUCGGACCUCAUCCUAUCACUAUUCCUUACCUGAAAACGAACUCGUCAGUUUGCGGUCCUCAGAGCUCGUUCCUCCCGUCGAUUCGGAAACGGCAGGAUGCCUGGCUUACAUUGACCUCCAGUCUCAGCGAACUCUAUCGCUCCAAUGUCCCAGUCAAGUGGAGGGAAACGUUCUCGCACGUUAAACCGUCAUGUGUAUCUCUCCCAUCAUACCCAUUUUCGAAGGACAAAUUCUGGGUCCCGUAUGUUGAGCCACAUCUUCGUGAUCUGUCCGCAGCGUCAAGACAACAACAUCUGAGGGCUCCAAUAUUAACGUGUCCAGUCCGGGAGAACGGCUCUAUAGCCGAGCAGAACGGUCAUUCUGCUGCACCUCGAAACCAAAAGUAUCCUGGAUUACCCAAACAGGUGCAAAGCCUGGUGGGAGACGAGGGUUCGGAAACGCUCGUUAACGAUGUACUUCAAGUGAUAUCGUCUGUGCUAGGGAUUCAUGUGGAGCGGAUGGGAGGGGAUACCACGUUUGAGUCUUUGGGACUCGACUCGUUAGCGUCUAUCGAGGUGCAUCAGGAGAUCAAAGAUCUUCUAAAAAUGACGCUUCCAGACGAUUUUUUCCUGCACAACACGAAAAUUACCGCUAUUCGACAGUAUUUCUCGCAAAAGGCUUCAGUGGGCCCUACUACUGCUUCGAAGCCGCUUGGUGACGAGAUUCUUCGCGUCAUUUCAUCGGUUUUGGGCGUCCCCCUCGAAAAGACGAAUGAAGGCACUUCAUUUGAGGCUUUAGGCUUAGACUCGUUGGCAUCCAUCGAAGUGCACCAGGAAGUCCAAGAACGUCUGAAGGUUACACUCUCAGAUAACUUUCUCCUACACCAUACUACUGUUCUUUCUGUUCGACAAUUCUUCUCCGAACCAACCCAGAAGGAACAAACUGUCUCCACGAAAUCACAUCAUCCCGUCCAUGUUACUGUCAAGGCGAACGAAAUCAAGCAGGAUGAGUACAACGAAAUGGAUUCUUCCACGCGCACGAUAGUUCGAGCACUUCAUUUGAGCUCUAACCCAAAACUUGUUCGGGAGCGUCUAGUUGAGGGCAGUGUUCCGGUCUUUCUCAUACACGAUGGGAGCGGCUUAUGCGGAUAUUACGAGAAAAUGCCAAGUCUAUCGCACACUCUUUGGGCGCUUCAUAACCCACGUUUCCUUUCUUCUAAGCCAUGGGAGAACCUUUUUGAAAUGACGAAAUUCUAUGCGGAACUGAUUCUUUCGACUGUAAGCGAAGGCAAUGUUAUUCUUGGAGGAUGGUCCUUCGGUUCAAUCGCGGCGUACGAGACAGCUCUACAACUUCGCAAGUUGGCAGGGUCGAGGAACCUUCAUGUCCAAGGACUUCUCCUUAUCGAUCCUCCACCAAAUCCCUUUCCACCCCGUCCCGUUCCCAUCGAAGGUCAAGAAGAGAAUGAAACCGUUCCUGUUCCUGUUCUUCAGAACUCAACGAAUAGCAAAGUGAAAGACCUGAUCGGGACACAGUUUGUUUUGAACCCGCGGUUAUUGUACACUUAUGACCCUUUCAAGACGCCCAAAGAGCUCGGAAAUUACUCUGCGAAUGAUCUUUGUCCCCGGAUUACGUUACUGCGAUCGAAAGAGCCUUAUACCCCGAUUUUGAAAAAUGGAAAGCCUGCGUGGGUGCCAGCUUGGCUUGGAGAUCGUUCAGAUCCGACUGCUGCUACGAAAGGGUGGAAUACACUUACGUCGAAGGAAAUCAAGGUCUGGGGGAUUCCUGGGAAUCACUUUGAACCGUUCCUUCCUCAGAAUAUUGGAGACGUAGCGAGGUGUAUAGAGGAAGCCUUGGAUUACCUAACGUAA